UGACGUUUUUUUUCUCCUCUGAUUUCUUGCAUUUGGUCCCACUCGAGAACCCAGAUGAACAAAAACAUGUUUUCUCGAGAGCCCAUGAAAUGGAUAUUGCUCUUGUUAGUUAUUUCGUAUACAACCUUCCUUCAGCCUUCAUCUUCAUCUUCAUCGCCGGAAGUCGAAGCCAAGAAGAAACAGAUGCGGGAGAAAGUCCGCAAGAUGUUCUACCAUGCAUACGACAACUACCUGACUUAUGCAUUUCCGCAUGACGAGCUUAAACCUCUGACGAAAAGUUUCACAGACUCCCUCAGCGAGCUUGGAAAUCUGAAGCUUGAACACCUACCGACAGAUUAUAAAGGAUCAGCUCUGACACUUGUUGAAUCCUUGUCCAGCCUUGCUAUAUUGGGGAACCGUACAGAAUUUGAAAGGGGAGUUCUCUGGCUUUCAGAAAAUUUAACCUUCGAUGUUGAUGCGCGAGUCAACCUUUUUGAGUGCAAUAUAAGAGUUCUCGGAGGACUGAUAUCUGCUCAUCUUCUUGCAAUUGAUCCAACUAAUAGGUUGAUCCAAGGAUCUUAUGACAAUCAACUUCUCAGAUUAGCCGAAGACUUAGGAAGGCGCUUUCUACUUGCUUUUGAUACACCGACAGGAUUACCGUACGCUUGGAUUAAUUUGAAGAAUGGAGUCAUGGAGAAAGAAACAACCGAAACAAGCACUUCUGGAUGUGGUUCUCUUAUUCUUGAAAUGGGAGCACUGUCAAGGCUCACUGGUGACCCCAGAUUUGAGUCAGCUGCACUACGAGCCCUUCGCAAGCUAUGGAGCAUGCGGAGCUCGUUAAACCUACUUGGAACAACACUGGAUGUGGUCACCGGGGAGUGGAUAGAGUACUCUUCCGGCAUUGGUGCUGGGGUCGAUUCUUUCUAUGAGUACCUCUUCAAGGCCUAUCUCCUUUUCGGAAAAGAAGACUACUGGAGAAUGUUCCACACCGCGUACCUCGCAGUUCAGAAAUAUUUCAGACAUGGUCCUUGGUACCAUGAAGCCAAUAUGUGGACUGGGAAAGCAACGUACUGGCAGCUCACAAGCCUUCAGGCGUUUUGGCCUGGCCUACAGGUUCUCGCCGGGGACGUCACAGCUGCUAAUUCAACCCACCGUGAGUUUUUCCAUGUAUGGGAGAGGUUUGGUGUAUUGCCCGAGAGGUAUCUGUUGGAUCAUCAAAUGAUACACCCAACCGAGAAAUAUUAUCCGCUGCGUCCCGAAUUUGCAGAAUCCACUUUCUACCUGUACCAAGCUACCAAAGGUUUUGUUUUUUCUCUUACCCUCGAAUGUUUUAUAUCAAAUCCAUAUCCAUCGACAAUUAGUUUCAGUUUCAUCCCUCUUUUUUCCCAUCCAUUUGCAGAUCCAUGGUACAUAGAAGUUGGAGAACUGAUUGUAAAAUCCCUUAAUCUUUAUACAAAAGUGGAAGGUGGAUUCGCUAGUGUUAAAGACGUUACAACCAUGCAACUGGAAGAUCAUCAGCACAGUUUCUUUCUCGCCGAGACGUGCAAAUAUUUAUACCUCCUGUUCGACGAUUCUUUCAUGGCCAAGAAGAAUUACGUAUUUACAACUGAGGGCCAUCCCAUACAGAUUUCGAGCUCCUGGCAUGAGAGGCUACCGGAAAGUUAUCUAUCAGCAAACUGGACUUUUUCAAAGGGUGAAACAUGGGGAGGACGACGGGUAAGCGCCAUGUCGUUGCAAGUCUGUCCAGCCUUAGGAACAGCCUCGGGGCAGCAGGUGGAGAGCGCUUGCCAUGUCCGUGACGCACUAAGCAGCCAUCGGUGUUUAGGCGACGAAGAUUGUGGCGUCGAUGCCAUGACGUGUAGGCGAAGACACUGCAGCGCAGCCGGGUACUGCGGCCUGUGGAUUGCAAUGUAACAAUGUGAUGGAGAAUUCAUCCAACGAUUCGGAACACUUACAUAUGAUUGAAAAUUCAUCAGUUUGCUUACAAGUGAAUAAAAAUGGCACCAGUCGUUGGGUUCGGACA